AUGGGAGUCAUUCUUGUUCUAAGUUGUAAGUUUAUUUGCCAAUUGACUGUUGAUGCCAACACAAGCUUACAUUCUGAGUUUCUCAUCUGUGGAAGCGAAAUGUGGGCUUGUUUUAUAACGAUCAUAGGCCUGCUGCAACUGGUUGCCAUUCUGAGAUGUGAAGCUUUGGACAUAAGCAAGUUAAUAAAACGGUGCCACUAUGGAGACUCCAAAUGUAUAAUACAGAGUAUGAACCAAGUCAUAAAGAGCUUUCCAAAAGGCAUACCCGUUUUGGGCACAAAACCCAUCGAUAUUGUCGACAAAGCUGACUUUAAAAUUUGGAAUAACGUGGACAUUGGCCCCGUGUGGCUCAAGUUUCGGUUGUUCGACCAGCUGAACUACGGCUUCGAAAACACAACGAUCACCGAAGUCAAGGGCUUUGACAGGGACCCUACUUCGACCUCGCUGGAGAUUCAUGGCAAGAUUCCCAGUCUCGUGCACAAAGGAAAAUACGUGGUCAACGGGAAACUAUUGUUAAUGGAGGCGAAUUCCAAGGGCGAAUCGGUAUCUGAUUUGCAGAACUUUAAGUUCUUUCUCAAGCUAAAAGUCACCAUUGAGUAUCGAAACAAUAAGAGAUAUCUGAAGGUUUACGAGCUAGUGCCACGACUUAAAUUGGAUCGUUGGAUUAUAAGGCUGGAUGACUUCUUACCUGAAAACUCUGACCUAACUAAAGCCGUGAAUCAAGUUAUCAACAAGAAUUGGGUGGAGUUCUGGAACGAACUGGAGCCGUCGAUUUUGGACAUUUUUCAAAGUGUUUUUACUAAUCUUAUUGAAGAUGUAUUUCAAAAAGUUGCCUGUGACGAUCUUUUCCUCAAUAAGUAGUAGCUUAUGAGUUUGACCCUGUUAAAUUGAUGUUGUCACUUUUAUUAACUAGUUCCUAUUAAAUAAAAAGUUAAAAAAACCUACAAUUGGAUUGCAGCUGUUAUACACACUCAAAUUGUACAUAUCUUCUACUUUACUUUCAUUGAUGAUUUAAAAAAUACUUCAAGUUGAAAAUGCAAAUAAAUCAAGUAAAGCUUGCAACCGGUUUUCGAUAUAUGAAGGCGCAUAAUUGCGUACCAGUUGUUUUUCCACCAUACA